AUGGACAACAAAAUGAAAGUGCCAAAUAUGGACUCAAAAUUACCAGGAGCACAUAAGAACGAAGAGGUCGCCCUCUUCCCGACUGUUCAACGCGGUGUCGUCGUGUGCCAUCUUGUGGCAUACGAGCUGUCGACCCUGACAGGGACACAAGUGAUGUUGCUAGUCGCGUCAGAGACAGGCCACGUGUAUACGUUCGCGACGCGGAAGCUGCAGCCAAUGAUCACGUCAGACUCUGGCAAGCGGCUGAUCCAGACGUGCCUUAACUCUCCAGACCCGCCCACCACCAGCGAGCAACGCAUGGCUGCGACGGGCUACGAGGAAACAGAGCUCACGUAUAACGUAGUAGACGAGGAUAUGAAGGUGAGGCAAUUGGCGUACGCGGGCUCCGCGCAGUACCCGCUAGAACACCACCCCGGGCUGGCUCCGUCGCCGCUGCAGCAGUACCACCAGCACCCCCCCUGCCCUUCACCGUUACCCCUCAGCUCCCUUGGUCAGCCGUACUCGCACGCUCACCUCUCACAUCCCCACAUGUCCCAUCACCCACAACGGUAG